AUGGAGGAAACCGGCGAAGAGUCUCCGGCGCUCAAACGGAAGAGAGAGGCGGGAACAACUGAGCUGAACGAUGAAAGUAGUGAGUGCGAGACUGAGUCGAUGAGCGAGUUGUUGAAGCUUCUGGACGACUCAGCGGAAGCGACCGUUUCAGCGUCUUCAUACACGUCUUCUCCGACGUCGUACGGGACGAGGGUUAAGUUCAGCGACAACCCGUAUUCGACGGCGUUGAUUUUUCAGUCGUCGUCUUCGUACAUCACCAUCAACGGCAACGAAGAGAGCUGCGGGUCGUCGUUCUCGGAAUCGGAGUCCAGCGUGAUGGCGAGCGUCGACAUGGGUGGGAUUUUGAACGCGAAUGCGAAAGCUGGGAGUGGUUUGGAUGGGAUCAGAGAGUGGUUGGAAGCGGAGGAGGACGGAGGCGCGUACGAGGAAGAGGUGCGUGGGUCGAUGCUGGAUUCGCAAUGGGAAUGGGACGAAGAGCAGCUGGCGAAGUUUCUAGGGGAGGAGUGUCCUUGA